GCGAAGGAACGCUCAGGGAACAGGUUUUGAUUUUGCGUCUACAAAUCGCAGCGGGCGAUCUGCGUAGUCUUAUGAGGUAUUUUUUAUGCGAACAGUAGAGAAUUUACGUGUUUAUCAAUCAAUGAAACCCGUGAGUAACGCCCACAUAGAUUCUAAUGCAUUCCUACUGCAUUUUUCCUUCCGGUUUUCCCGUGCGGCACAGAAAUCAAUGAAGUGUAGUGAGACCGUUCACAAGACGCGGGCAAAAUUCCCGUGCGGCGAAAUGCGAGCCACCUGCCGCAUCACCGCUAGGAGUCGUGCGGCGCCGAGCGUGCGGCAGGCAGUAGUGGCUCGUCUGAGGUCGAAGUAGGGUGUGUACAUCUAUCUCCUGACUGUCUUCUUUCAAACUGAUCAUGCCAGACUAUCUUGACAUAGAACUCCUGAUUGGUGAAGUGGAGAGGAGACCAGUUCUGUGGGACAAUUCUUCAGAAGACUACAAAGACAAAGACAAGAAAGCACAGGCCUGGGCAGAGGUUUGCCAGGUACUCAUUGAAGGCUACGAGGAAAGAGACGCUACAGAAAAGAUCAACAUAGGUAAAGAUGUCCAGAGCAAGUGGAGGAACGUUAGAGACUCUUACGCCAAGAACAUCAAGAAACAGAACGAGACGAAACGGGGAUCAGGCGCCGUGCGGCCUCGCCGUUACAUCUUCAGCGAGCAGCUGUCCUUCCUGAAGAGGGUGGUGAGCAGCAGAGCCACUCCUGACCACACUUCGGGAGACGCGUCCUCCGAAGACGCGCCCCAAGAUUUCGCCGCCGCCGCCGCCGGCCAGUCGAUCGUGUCCCUAGAAGACUCUAGCGUCAUUCAGUCCAUGGAGGUCCUCGAGCAACAGGAAACAGACGACGAUAAAGACUUCCUCAUGUCCCUUCUGCCGUUAGUCAAGUCUCUGGACGCAGAUGAUAAACUGCAUUUCAGGAUGCAAGUGAUGCAGGUGUUGAUGGACUUCAAAGGAGGGCAGCAUAGGCCUACAGUUGAACCGAAGCGGUUUCCGGAUCCACUCGAAAUUGCUCUGCAAGAUUCUACGUGUAUCGUUUUCAGGUGUAACCGAUGUAGUCAUCGACCAAGAGGCAAGCAGAGCUGACGCCACUAGCGUGCAUUUAUAGAUAUUUACAAAUGUUAAGUUAUAUAUAUCCGUGUAUGUGUGUGUGUUUGUGUGUGAGUGUGCAUGCGUACGUGGACAAGUGCCUUCUGCAAAGCAUUAUUUAAUAUUCUAGAUCUAGUAGAUCGCACACAAUAUCUAGCAUUAAUAAUUUUCUGUAUAAAAGGAAAAUAAACCAGC